AUGUCUCGACUCAAUGAAUCGCCAGACGACUAUAAACUGGCACAUUCUGUGCUCUCUGAACUAUUGGAUAUGAUAGAGACAUUCAAUGGGGCAGCUGAAUACAAGUAUUUCCUUAAGAACUUGAUCCCCUUAUUCUUGGACCGAUUACAGACAGUGCCAGUGAGUUUAGUCAACCAAUCACCAGAACAUAAGCUCCGGAACUCGAUAUUGGAGAUCAUCCAUCGGUCGAUCAUGAAUGAGAUUUUACAACCGUAUGCUGCAGACAUUCUUGAUUCGUUGAUUAAAGUUUUGGUGGAAGAGAAUGAAGAGAAUGGGGUCCUUUGUAUGAAGAUCAUCACAAGUUUACAUAAAGCUUAUAAACCUAACUUGGUUGAUAAAGUUGGUCCAUUUGUUGAGAUCAUCAAUACUAUUUAUAAGAACAUGCCUCAAGCCAUAGAAGAGGUGUUUAGUGAAGAUAAUAUGACAGGUACAUCUGCUUCUGGUACUGCUCCAGCUGCCACCACUAAUGAACGAGAAUUAUCUCCUCCUUCAUUUAACGAUGAAAACCCUUCGAAAACUUUGAAUAAGGCCAUGUUCUCCUUUAAGACGUUGGCAGAGUGUCCAAUCACAAUGGUUUCCUUAUAUUCUUCCUACAAAGUCUUGGUGUCGACUUCGUUACCAGAAUUUCUUCCUAGAAUCAUUGAUUUGCUUCAAUUACAAGUUGAAGCCCAAAAAUCAUUUAGACAAGAACAGAAACAAUUAUCAUCUCGGGUUUAUUCCAUUUCUCCUAAAAUAAAAAAUAGACAAGCCUAUAGCGAUUUCAUUCUUGGUCAAGUGAAAGCAGCUUCGUUCUUAGCUUAUGUGUUCAUUAGAAACUUGGCUAACCAACAUCUAUCUCCCACACAAGCUCAAGAUAUCCCCGAUGUGAUUUUAAGAUUACUUCAAGAUUGUCCAGCAGAACUAUCCGUUGCCAGAAAGGAACUUUUACAUGCCACCAGACACAUUUUGUCCACGUCCUUUAGAAGUCACUUCAUUCCUAAAAUUGAUCUUUUAUUUGAUGAAAAGGUUCUUAUUGGCGAAGGCCUAACUUCAUACGAAACAUUGAGACCUUUGGCUUAUUCAACGGUUGCUGAUUUCAUACAUAAUGUUAGAAAUGAACUUAGCCCAGAACAAAUUUGGUCCACGGUAACAAUAUAUUGCAGUCUACUUAAAGAUGAUUCGCUAGCUUUAACCGUGCAAAUUAUGAGUGCAAAAUUACUUUUGAAUUUGGUUGACAGAAUCAUGAAACUUCCAAAUAAAUUAGAAGGACGACAAUUGUUUAUGUUCAUUAUCGAUGCUUAUGCCAUGAGAUUCCAAAGUCUAAACAAGAAAUACGACUACAUUGUUGCUAAACAUAAACAAUUUGAAAAGAAGAAACAAGCUCGUGAUAUCGAAGGUCAAAAGGCUGUGCAUAGAUUCUCGUCAAGGAAGCUCAUUCAAGAUAAGGACAAAUCUGCUGAUGUUGAAAUGAAGGAACGUACAGAAGACAAGAAUGAAGAUUCAGAAGUCAAGAAUGAAGAAGACGAAAAUAAUGAUGAAAUUUACGUUAGCAUGUUUAACUUGGAUGAAUAUAGUCCUAUCACCACGUUCCCUCAAAAUUCGGAUACUGAUUUGUUAAAAGAUGCCAGAUAUUUAUUCAGAACUUUAAUGACCUUUUUAAAAUCUGUGAUAUUUGGUUUGAAGAAUUGUAACCCUCCAGUUCCUCCUCAACUUACAGAUAAUCCCUUGACCGAAAAAUGGAACGAUACAGCCAGAAUUACUUCAUACGAAGAAGUCAACAUCUUAAGAUCUUUAUUUAGAGGUGGUGUUAGUUGUCUCCGAUUCUUUCUGGUUCGUCCAAAACCUGCUCCACCACUGGGUAAGGCAAUUGACUUUUCAACUGGUGGACCAAGCUUAUUAAUAACUUCAUCUAAAGAAGAGAAAGACUUAAUGGAAAUCUUUGCGACCGUUUUCAUGAACAUUGAACCUGCUGCUUUUAACGAAAUUGUUCAUGCUGAAUUACCAUUUUUAUUCGAAUCAAUGUUGGAUAAUACUGCUUUGCUUCAUUUACCUCAAUUUUUUCUUGCCAGUGAAGUGACAUCAGCUAAUUUCUCCGGAAUAUUAAUUAGUUUUUUACGGGCUCAUUUAGAAGAUUUGGGGAAACUGGACAUUAUCAAAUCCAACAUUUUAAUUCGUUUAUUCAAAUUAUGUUUAAUGUCCGUUACCUUAUUCCCCGCUCAAAAUGAAGCGGUGAUUCUUCCUCAUUUGAAUUAUUUGGUAUUGGAAUCGUUAAAGCUUUCGACUAAAUCAGAAGAACCCAUUGUCUAUUCUUAUUUAGUACGAAUCCUUUUCCGUUCCAUUAGUAGUGGAAGAUUUGAAAACUUAUACAAGGAAAUUAUGCCUAUCUUGCCGGUUUUGUUGGAUACUUUGAACAAAAUGAUUGUUAAUGCCAGAAGGUCCUAUGAGAGAGAUAUUUAUGUGGAAUUAUGCCUUACAAUCCCAGUUAGACUCUCUGUUCUUGUUCCUCAUUUGAAUUACUUAACUCGUCCACUUGUUUAUGCAUUGAACGGUUCACAAGACUUGGUGAGUCAAGGUUUAAGAACUUUUGAAUUAUGUGUGGACAACUUGACUGCUGAAUAUUUUGAUCCAAUGAUUGAACCGGUUCUUGACGAAUUCAUGGCAGCUCUUUGGAAGCACUUACAACCAAUUCCUUAUCAUCAUCAACAUUCACAUACAGCCAUUCGGAUUUUAGGGAAACUUGGUGGUAGAAACCAUAAACAUUUCAAACAUAUUGCCAACCUUAAAGCCGAAACCGAAUUAAACCAAGAAGUUAAGGCCUUGUUUCUGAUCUAUGGACUAGAUGGGAAGAUUCCUGUUUCCAUUACUCCAGGAGUCGAAUCGGCCAUUAAAUUAUUGGAAGACCCCAAGAUUAAAUUGCACUACCGGAUUAGUGCAUUUAAAUAUUUAUCCAAUAUCAUGAAGUUAUUCAUUGAUACUACGGCCAUUCCUCAUGAUUAUUCCAACUACGUCACUCAAUGUGUGGAGUAUUUGAAAGUGGAAGGUGGUGGAGACGAUGACGAUUUUACACUGGAACUUGAACCUUCAGGAAUUAAAGAUAUGGAUAAAUUAGAUUUGCAACAGAAAUUGUUUCAAAAACUUAUGGAAAUGUUAUUUUUUUCUGUUUCCAUUCCAGAACUUCAAAAGGAAUCUUCGGAGCUAAUCGACGGUGUUGCAAACCACUUUGUUAUAUCUCAUGUUUCCAGCUCAGUUAUUGAUAAGAUAAAGAAAGAGAGACCAUUUUCAGUUAAUGAUAAUGAAGGCAAAGCAUAUAUCAAUGAUACGGCAUUUUUCAAUGCGUUGAUCUUUGGCCUAAGUUCUUGGAACCCUGAAGUCCGAAGAAAAGGUUGUGACAUUAUAAAGUUGAUUUUUAAAACUGCCAAUACUUUAUUUGGAUCAGAAGAGAAUGCCUUAUAUUCCCCAUUUUUCAGAACAUUGUUCUAUAAGUUGACCCACUCAUGUUAUAAUGAAUUCUUUGGUGCCAAACUUGGGGGUAUUUUGGGGUUGAAAUGUAUGUUUGAAGACAUGAACAUUCCAUCUUCGUGGUUCUUUAAACGACAAUUUGAAUUGGUAAGGGCCAUUGUGUUUACCAUAAGAGAUACUCCUAGUAAUGCUGCAUUUGAAGUGUGUGAUAUGGCAAAGGAAUUGGUGUUGAAGGUAUUGGGUGAAUGUAACAAGGGUGUGACACAGGAAACCAUUUUGGAAAAGCCUUUCCAAACUAUCAUUGGUGCCAUUGUGUAUGAUUUAGCCAGUGCAAAUCCAUUGGUUAGAGAAGUUUCAAAGGAAGCGUUGACCACUUUAAGUGAAACAACUGGUGUUCCAAUAGUUACCAUGAUGAGUCCUUGCAAACAUUUACUUCUAACUCCUAUAUUUGUUAAGCCCUUGAGAGCUUUACCAUUUCCCAUGCAAAUUGGUAAUUUGGAUGCUAUAACGUUUUGUUUGAAUCUUGAAAAUACCUUUUUGACGUUUAAUGAAGAACUUAAUCGAUUGUUAUUGGAAGCUUUGGCAUUGGUUGAUGCGGAUGAUGAAUCUUUAGCCAAUGUUCAUCGACUUUACGAAUACAGAACCGCUCAACAGUUGAUCCAGUUGAGAGUUGCAUGUAUCAAACUACUUGCAUUGGCAUUAACCCGACCAGACUUCUCCUUGGGAUCAUUAGCAGAGGCCAGAAUUAGAAUCUUGGGUGUAUUCUUUAAGGCACUUUGUAAUAAAUCCACUGAGAUUAUCAAUGCUGCUCAUCAAGGUUUAAAAGCAAGCUUAAAAGAAAAUGCAAAAUUACCCAAAGAAUUACUUCAAAAUGGUCUUCGUCCAAUGCUUAUGAAUUUAUCUGAUCAUAAGAAAUUGACCUUAUCUGGUUUGGAAGCUUUAGCCAAACUUUUGGAAUUAUUAAUUUCAUAUUUCAGAGUGGAAAUUGGUAAGAAAUUAUUAGACCACUUAAUGGCAUGGGCUCAGGUGAAUACCUUGAGUCAAAUUUCAACCCAAGACUUGGAAAAUAACCAUACGGUUCAAAUUGUGCUGUCCAUUCUUAAUAUUUUCCAUUUAUUACCUCCCAAAGCCGAUAGUUUUAUGGAGAAAAUCAUCAAUACUCUUCAAUAUUUGGAAGGAAAUUUAUAUCGUCAUCAAAGUUCACCAUUUAGAGAACCAGUUUCGAAAUAUUUGAACCGUUUUGCUGAUAACUGCUUGAGUUAUUUCAUGGACAACUACAAUAAUCGGAAAUUGGGUAAUAUGUUGGCUUAUAUGUCUGGACUUGAGAAUUGUCUUAACUUACGAACAGCAGCCAAAUUAAAAUUGGAUACGAUCUUUGAUAAAGUGAUCAAUGAAACCGUGGAUGAAGUCAAAGUCAUUGAAUUUGCUAAUACGGUGGAUUUAUUUGAAUCUUUAAUUAAAUAUGAUGAUGAAUGGUUUGAUACACAAAUUGAUAAGUUGGAGAAAUUGGAAUCAUUAAUUCCAACAAUUGAAACCAUAAAGGAAAACGCUCCUUUGGUUACAGGGAUCCAUUUCCAAGCAGAUCAAUCGAUUAACAAAUUACAAUCAAUCAUGAUAAAAUACUUGGAAAGAAACCCCAAUGAAAAGGAUUUAUUAUUCACCAUAGUUGGGAGACUCUCCAAAUCAAAUAUUGGAGUCCCCAGUAAGCUUGAUGACUAUAUUUAUAACUCCAUUGUGACUUCAGAUGAUGUUCCACUAAGAGAAGCAUAUUUGGUCAAAAGUAUCAGGGCCAUCACCAAUUCAGAAAACAGUUUGGCAACUAAGAACUAUAUAAGCAAGAAGGUGUGUCUUCCUAUAUUGCUAUAUGAGAUUGUUAGGCAUAAGAGUUUGGAAAGGUUUCUUAGGCAUGAUGAUGACAAUUCUACUCCAGAAUGGCUCCAGUUAUUCUAUGAGAACGUAUGGAAAUCUACCAAUGAUAUCAUCACUGACCAUUCGUCUGGGAAGUUGGAUAGUUUAAGGUUUGAAUUGUUGCAAAUGACUGCGGUUCUUUUAAAAUGGGUUCCGGAGUAUCUUAGUGACUACCGGAAGGAUAUUAUAAAGUUCAGUUGGAACUAUAUCAAGUUGGAAGAUAGCAUUUCUAAGCAAGUUGCUUAUGUUACCACUGCUUAUUUCAUAGCAGCUUAUGAGACUCCUUCCAAACUUGCUACUCAAGUGUUUGUGGCAUUAUUGCGGACCCACCAGUCGGAUUCAAGGCAUUUGGUUGAACAAGCAUUGAACAUUUUGGCUCCAGUAAUGCCCAAAAGAAUGGCUGAAUCUGGAUCUAACUCUAUCAGUUGGUUGAAAUGGCCUCGAAGAGUCAUUUCAGAAGAUGGGUUCAAUGUAACUCAAGUCUUGAAUGUCUAUCAUUUCAUUGUCCAACAUUCAGAUAUAUUCUUUAUUGCCAGAGAGCAUUUUAUUCCCAAUAUUAUCACUGCUAUGGGUAAAUUGACUAUUCUUGCCAAUCCUGCUGUGGAAAACCAAGUCUUAGCCAUUGAAUUGGCAGAGUUAAUCUUGAAAUGGGCAAAGAGAGCCAAGCAAGAGCCAAAUAGUAAAGGUGACGAAGAGAUUCUUUUGCAAGCUGCCGAAGCAGAAAGCGACUUUACCACGUCUCCAGAUUAUAGUAUUCCCUUUGGCCAAAGAGAAGCAUGUGUUACCUUCUUAAUAAGAUAUGUUUGUAUCAGUCCUCAAAGAGCCUCUGAAAGUGAAUUGGGACAGAAGGCGUUGGGAAUCUUGAACGAUCUAUUGAGUGCUGAUUUCUGGCCUGAAAUCAACGUUAAGCUUUCAUUCUUUGAAAAGUUUUUAUUGCCUAAUGACUUGAAUAAUAGCAAUGGAUUGGGGUAUUGCCUAAAUGCUUUGGAAGUGUUGGGAGUUGUUUUGGAAUGGAAGAGUUAUGAUUGGAUCUACUCCAAUAUUGGCUAUUUGCAGAAGCUUUUAACGAAGUGUAUUAAAUCCGAUAAUCAUGAUAUUCAGGAAGUGUUACAGCGAGUGUUGAUGAUUAUUUUAAAUGCCAUAAGUUCCAAGAAUCUUUCUGAGGAAGAAGAGGAUGAUGACACUCAAGCAUUCAUUCAAUUGUUGGUGACUACUGUUUCUGAAGAUUUACCUGAAACACCUUCAGUGGCCGCAGGGGUUGCCUUAUCAUGGACAUUGGCCAAUUCCAGACCUUCUACAUUGAACUCUUUGCUUCCACUUCUUAUGAAAACUUUCAGCAAGCUUUGUAAGGAUCAUAUUGCAAUUACUCAUAAUGGCAUGCAAUCCCUGACCCUGCUGGACAGUUCCUACAAUUCUGAAUUUGAAGCGAAGAUGACCACCAAGUUAUUGGAGAAGAUCCUCAACUUGUGCUCCAUGAGAAUUAGUAGUCUUGGAGAUCAAAGACGAUACUUUUUGUCAUUGCUUGCACAAUUGAUUGAACGGUCAUUGGAUAAAGAUACCUUGGAUAAAAUCAUCAAGAUCGUUAAAGAAUGGGUGUUUUCCAGAACCGACUUAUUCCCUACCACAAAGGAGAAGGCUAGUAUAUUGGCCAAGAUGAUGGUAUUUGAAAUAAGAGGUGAACCAACGUUAUCCAAAGAAUUUUAUCAGAUCAUUAUUGAUAUCUUUGAAGAUGACACUUUUAGUUGUACUGAACUUACUGUUCGUAUGGAGCAACCAUUCCUUGUGGGGACCAGAUCUGCUUAUGUUGAUAUUCGUCGUAAGCUCAUGUCAAUUUUGAAUAACAGUUUGGAAAGAGAUAUUAGAAAGAGACUCUAUUAUGUUAUCCGAGAACAGAAUUGGGAAUAUUUGGCUGAUUAUCCAUGGUUGAAUCAAGCUAUUCAAUUACUUUUCGGUUCGUUUGAACAGAAUUUUAAGCUUGAACUUGUGGAUAGCGAGUUCAAAUUAGCACCAUUAACUGGGUAUCCCUACGGUAUUAAGCCAAAGAAUAAUAAGGAUGAAGAUAAAAUGGAAAUUGAUAACGAUAGUGAUAACGAUUUGAUUAAAUUGCUUGAAAAGCAUAAUGAUUUUUUGACUUCGUUAGCUGUGAGUUCCAAUGAUUUGAUUGAACCUUUGGUCGAUAUGUUUUAUCAAAGCAGCAAUGCCAUUGACCGUACUUGGUCAGUUCUUUUACCUAUUGCAUUCAAGUCACUUUCCAGAUCAGAGCAUUUGGAUUUCACUCGGUUCUUGGUGAUCUUACUUUCCAAGGAUUACCACAUAAAACAAAUCAACAGCAGACCCAAUGUGAUUCAAUCAUUGCUUGAAGGAAUAUCCAAAUGUGAUGAGCUUCAAUUACCUCCAUUUGCAGUUGAAUGUCUAGCCUCCAAUUUUGAUGCCUGGUCUCAAGGUAUUAAUCUUUUAGAACACAUUAGUGACCAAUCUGUGAACGGGAAUGCUGAUAUGCGUGCUGUGACUCAAGAUGCCUUGGCCAAGUUGUAUGCUCAAUUGAAGGAAGACGAUAUGUUUUAUGGAUUAUGGAGAAGAAGAGCUAAGUACCUGGAAACCAUUGCUGCCUUAUCAUUUGAACAAAUUGGUCUUUGGGAUAGAGCUCAACAACUCUAUGAAACUGCACAAAUUAAAGCUCGUAGUGGGGCACUUCCCUAUGGGGAAUCUGAAUACGCUUUAUGGGAAGAUAAUUGGAUUUUAUGCGCUGAAAAGCUUCAACAUUGGGACGUUUUAACUGAGCUUGCCAAACAUGAAGGAUUUUCUGAUCUUUUACUUGAAUGUGGUUGGAGAGUGGCAGAUUGGAACACUGAUAGAGAGACACUUGAUCAAACAGUUAAGAACGUUAUGGAUGUUCCAACUCCUAGACGUCAAGUUUUUGAAACAUUCCUCUGCUUACAAGGCUUUGGACAAGAGAAGGAAACUUUGCAAGAUCUUUCUAAACUUUGUGACGAUGGAAUUCAACUUGCCUUACGUAAAUGGCAUGCUUUACCAAGCAGAUUCACCGAUGCUCAUAUCCCAUUGUUGCACACCUUCCAACAAUAUGUUGAGUUUAUGGAAGCAAGUCAAGUGUACUCCAGUUUGGCUGGCACUACAGUUAAUAAUUUGGAUAUGAAGUCUCAGGAGUUGAAGAGAGUAUUACAAGUUUGGAGAGAACGGUUACCCAAUAUCUGGGACGAUAUCAAUAUUUGGAAUGAUUUGGUGACUUGGAGACAACAUGCCUUCCAGGUGAUUAAUAAGGUCUAUAUGCCUUUCAUUCCUAUGCUUCAACAAUCCAAUGGAGGUAACGUUAACUCCUAUGCUUAUAGAGGAUUCCAUGAAAUUGCCUGGGUCAUCAACAGGUUUGCACAUGUUGCUAGAAAGCAUAACAUGCCCGAUGUAUGUGUGAACCAACUAUCAAGAAUCUACCAAUUGCCUAACAUUGAGAUCCAGGAAGCCUUUUUGAAGUUGAAGGAACAAGUGAAAUGCCAUUACCAAAAUGCCAGUGAAUUAAGUACUGGUUUAGAUGUUAUCAGCAGUACCAAUAUGGUCUUCUUUGCUACUCAACAGAAGGCUGAAUUCUUUACGUUGAAGGGGAUGUUUUUGAACAAGUUGAAUCAAAAGGAUGAAGCCAAUAAGAUGUUUGCAACUUCCGUUCAAAUUGAUCUUAAUUUCCCUAAAGCUUGGGCUGAAUGGGGUGUGUUUAAUGAUCGUAGAUUUAAAGAAAAUCCAAACGAUAUGGUUUAUGCUAACAAUGCCAUUAGUUGUUACUUACAAGCUGCUGGGUUGUAUAAAAAUGGUAAAACUCGCAAACUUUUGGCUCGGAUCUUAUGGCUUAUUAGUUUGGAUGAUGCUUCCGGACGUCUAGCACAAGCUUUUGAUGAUUUCAGAGGUGAAGUGUCUGUUUGGUAUUGGAUUACUUUUAUCCCACAACUUUUGAAUUCAUUAUCUCAUAAGGAAGCCAGGUUAGCAAGGCAAGUGCUUAUUAGAAUUGCAAAGAGUUAUCCUCAAGCAUUACACUUUCAACUUCGUACUACUAAGGAAGAGUUUGCUGCUAAGCAGAGACAACUUGUGGAGUUAUCUCACCAACAACAAAGAAAUGCUACUGGAAAGGCUGAUUCAAAGACAGCAACAACAACGACUUCUUCUUCUAAUUCAACCGAUACGAAAUCCAAUGGUGCACAAGCAUCACCACAGUCCACAGAAACUAAAGACUCACCGCAACAAGGAACUACAAAAGAUUCCACCACAAAUGGUACCACUACUGAGAGUCCAAAGACUACGCCCAAACCUUCUGGAGUCGAGUCCAAUCAAGAGGUUAUCAAACAAGCAUGGAAACACGUGGAAGAGAUUAUGGGUAUUCUUAAGACAGCCUAUCCAUUGUUGGCCCUUUCAUUGGAGUCUUUAGUGGAUCAAAUCAACCAAAGAUUCAAGUGUACUGCUGAUGAGGACGCAUACAGACUUUGUAUUGCGCUUUUGAAUGAUGGAGUUCAAUAUCUCAAUCGUCUUGGGAACCCCAAGGACGAUGCCAAGUUACCACCAAUGACAGAAGCCAACAUCACCAGAUUUGCAGAGACUGUUUUACCCAAGCAAAUUAGGGCUGAAUUCGAACGAGAUCUUGUAGUUGGCAAACCAAACUUGAAGACGUAUAUCACCAAGCUUCGGAAAUGGAGAGAUAGAUUGGAAGAUAAAUUAGAUAGACGGUUUUCAGAAGUGAACUUGGAGAACUUGUGUCCACAUUUGAGUGAAUUCCAUCAUCAAAAGUUUGAAGAGAUUGAAGUUCCUGGACAGUAUCUUUUGAAUAAGGAUAACAAUUCUCAUUUCAUCAAGAUUGAACGGUUCUUACCCACCAUACAACUUGCCCGAGGAUCCAGUGCUUGCUUUAAACGAUUAAGAAUUAGGGGUAACGAUGGGUCUACUCAUGUAUUUGCCGUUCAAUUCCCUGCUGCUAGACAUUGUCGACGUGAAGAGAACUUAUUUCAACUUUAUCGUAUUUUUAGUGAUACGCUUAAGCGUAAGGUUGAAACCCGUCGUCGUCAUAUUCAAUUUUCACUCCCCAUAGCUGUUCCCCUUUCACCACACAUUCGGAUCAUCAAUGAUGAUGUCAAGAACAUAUCAAUGCAAAAAAUAUAUGAAGAUUACUGUCGAAAGAAUGGUAAGAGUCGUGAUGAACCGUUCAUAUAUACUGUUGAUAAGCUUAGAGCAGCGUUUGACCCCAGAUUACCCAAACCAGAUAUCAUGAGUAUUAGAGUGGAGAUCUUGAGUGCUGUUCAAUCGCUACUUGUACCCUCUACGGUGAUGAAGAACUAUUUCAUGUCGUUGUACCCUAAUUUUGAAGACUUUUGGUUAUUCAGAAAGCAAUUCACUUCUCAAUAUGCUUCCUUUAUCUUCACUACUUAUAUGAUGUGCGUUAACGGGAGACAACCCGCUAAGAUCCACAUUAAUAGGGGUUCCGGUUCAGUGUUCACCUCGGAAAUGUUACCCAGUAAAGUGGGUACCAAGAAUAUCUCAUUAGACGGUUCGGGUGGUGCUAGACCAGCACCUUUAUUCCAUAACCCAGAACUUGUACCUUUCAGAUUGACCCCCAACAUUCAAAAGUUAAUUGGAGAAGUGGGCAUGGAGGGAGUCCUUUCUGUGCACUUGUUGUGUAUUGGCCGGGCAUUGACGGAACCUGAAUCGGAAUUGGAACAGUACUUGACGUUAUUUGUUCGUGAUGAAGCUUAUUCAUGGUGCACCCAACAAGACCCACCACGACCCAUUCCUCAACCACAAGCACUAAAGGAGAUUGUGCGGAUGAAUGUUGAUCUUAUUAUCAAGAGAGUGUUACAAAUGGGUCAUGUAUCUUCUGGUCCUUCUAUUAGCACUCAGAAUGUCUUGGAGUUGAUCUCCCAAGCUGUAAGCCCAAGAAACUUGGCCUCUGCCGACACCUUAUGGAUGGCAUAUUUUUAG